GACGAGAUGCAGAGGAGUCGAGCGCGUCCGUGCGGCUCUUCAUCACGCUGAAGAAAAAAAAAAACAAACGAAAAGAAAAACCCCGACUCAUUCCGACUCGACAACCUGUGCCGAGCACGAACACGCGGGGUCGUUUGUUGGCGCGGGGGGUGGUCUCGUCCGUCGACGCGUAUAUGCAUGUGUUCCGCACCGAACGGGCGAAAGAGCCGCCCCGGAUCCGCAGGCCGCAUGUUUCAGCUGGGCAAAGCGGCGCGCAGCGAACCCGAGCGGCGAGAGAGCACGGACAGCGCCCGCAGGGGAGGACACCGCGCUGUGGAGCACUGCAGAGCGGCGGUACAGGAGUUUAACACUCUGGUGGCACUCCACCGUGAGCAGGUCAUCUCCAUAGGAGAGAUCACGGCUGAUUGUCCAACUCUGAGGGCACGUAUGCACAGCACACGCAUCAAAGGUUGCACGGUGGCUCAGAGCGCCUACCAGCACCUCACACUCAUCUCUGGGCCAGAGGAUGGCGAGAUCCACCCUGAAAUAUGCAGGCUGUUCAUCCAGCUGCAGUGCUGCUUGGAGAUGUACAUCACCGAGAUGCUCAAGUCCUUGUGUUUGUUGGGUGUGCUGCAGCUCCACAGGAAAGGAAACGAGCCGUGCCCUGAGUCAAAUGCAGACUGCAGGGUGGAUGAAAGUUCUGAUGUCCCAAUAUUGGAGGACAGGUCUUCAUCACCUAUCGACUUCCCUCAUGAAUCCUGGCUUGUGUGCACAGAUAUUGAAAACAUAGAGAGUGACAUGCGUGAGAUGAGAAAUCUGCUAAGCAAACUCAGGGAGACUAUGCCUUUGCCACUGAAGAACCAAGAUGACAGCAGUUUGCUGAACCUGACACCAUACCCAUUGGUGAGGCAGAGGAAGAGGCGUUUCUCUGGGCUCUGCUGCCUUGUGUCAGGAUGCAAAAAAAUUUGUGCUUUAAUGGGUCACAUCAGGUUCCUCCUCACAUUCCUUUUAAUCCUGGCCUCAGUCACAGCCAUUUUUGGCUGUUACUGUGAUCAUUAUUCAUGGACUUCGUGGUCCAUUUGCACUAAGACUUGUGAGCAGGGGACUCAGGAACGUACCAGAAAUGUCCAGUAUGAUGAUUACUGGAACAAGCACAACUGUGCAAGGCUAUGUCAGAUACAUGAGCGCCGGACAUGUAACGUGGAUCCAUGUCCUAUAAACUGCGAACUGACUAGUUUUGGACCCUGGUCAGAGUGUUCACCCUGUGCCAAAAAAAUUUUUAGAACCAGGUAUGUCCAGAGGCCUGCCCAGUUUGGGGGACAGGACUGCAAUGAACCUUUGAUGGAGGAACUACCUUGUCAUCCUUCUAAAGAAUGUGCAAUUGAAAAACUCAACUGCAAGGACAAAUUCACUUGUGAUAACGGCAGAUGUAUAAAAGCUAACCUUGAGUGUAACGGCCAGAAUGACUGCCUGGACAACUCUGAUGAGAAGAACUGUGGCAAAAUUAAUUAUGUGUGUCCUGAACAAAGAAAUUUUUACGUCAUUCCUGGAGUGGAUCUCAUUGGAAAUGGGUUUGAUGUUAUUGCAGAGAAGAAGAGAGCUGCUGUCCUAGACAACUCCUUCUUAGGGGAUGAAUGUGUCUUAAACCGCAGCAGAGAAAACAGAAAAAUCUACCGCAUCCCAGCCAACAUUGAGAUCUAUAACAUAAAAGUGGAACAACUUGAGGACAUUAAGGAGAGCCCACCCGUGCAAGCAAAUGAGAUCACCUUGUCUAGUCAGAGAUCUUAUACUGGAGAUACUCUAAUGGAUUCAGGCUGGGGAGUACCCAUCUUGCUCGGCUCCUUCCAAAGAUCACACAAGGGAAAUUCCUUCAAAGAAGAACUGAAGGCAUUUCAAAAAAAGGACUCUGAGUACAUCCAUCUUCACCAGGUUAUAGCAACGGCUACUUUUAAAACAAAAUCAACUGACCUAUACCUUUCAUACCCAUUUCUGACCUUCCUCAACAACCUGCCUUUGGACUACAACUAUGCCCUUUACAGGCAGAUCUUCGAGAUUUAUGGAACCCACUACUUUAGUUCUGGUACAAUGGGAGGGCAGUAUGAUCUGCUUUUUCAAUAUGAUCGUGAACAGCUCAAAUCUGAAGGUUGUAGCACGGCGCAGUCCUCUAAGAACAUCAAAAAUGAAUUUUCAGUCUUCCUCCUCCUUUAUUUUACACAUUCACAUAGUCAAACUCAUGGAACAACCACCGAAACUAUAAAAUAUGAAGGAUCAUUUAUGCAAAAAUCUGAGAAAUCCAUAUCAUCAGUGAGGGGAGGAAGAGCAGAGUAUGCCGCAGCUCUGUCUUGGGAACAGAAAGGAUCUCCACCAGACAGCACGACUUACAAGGAUUGGGUUGCAUCUACCAUAGACAACCCCGGUGUCAUAGAUUAUGAGCUGAAGCCCAUGCUGGAUCUUGUACGUGGCAUUCCCUGUGCUGUGACUAAGAGGCGGCACAUGCGGAGGGCUAUGGCUGAGUAUAUGCAAUCCUUCGAUUCAUGUAAAUGUGCCCCAUGUCCCAAUAAUGGCCGUCCCACAUUGUCAGGAACAGAGUGUGUGUGUAUAUGCCAGACUGGAACCUUCGGAGACAACUGCAUUAAACGAGCUAAGGACUACACCUCAGUGGCAGUUGAUGGUUACUGGACCUGCUGGAGCUCUUGGAGUGUUUGUGAUGCGAGCUUAACAAGGAGCCGCACCCGUUCCUGUAGCAACCCUACUCCCCAAAAUGGAGGUAAACCCUGCCAGGGCCCAGCUCGUCAGCAGGACGAGUGCAAAAUCUCUAUCUUCCAAGAGAAGGAUGUGUGUAUCAAUGAUGAUGACUUUACGUAUGAAGGAGACUCUGAGAGUGUUCUGCCAUCGGGAGCGACUGGUUGUGCCAAACCCAGACCUCCUGCCAACAGUCAUCUCAGAUUUAACAAGCGUGUAUAUGAUUAUGGAGAUCCUGAGGAGUUUGUGUGUUUCACUGGUUAUGAGCUGAAAGGUUACCAAAUCAUUCGGUGUCGGCAGGAUGGAAAAUGGGAGAAGGCAAAGGGCAGCUGCAUCAAGAGGGUAUGCUCCAGACCUAAUCUGCCAAAUGAUGUGAAGAUAAGCCCCAUCAAAGAAGAGUACAGUAUUGGUUCCAGUUUCUCUCUAAGCUGCUCAGGCAGAGCCAUGAGCCUAUCAGGACCACGCUACUACACCUGCACUGAAGCACUUACCUGGGACCCGUCCAUUCCUGCUGACAUACACUGCGAAAGUGAUGAGGUCUUUACACAAGACAGCAGCUGUCCCUUGGGACAACACCGCAUGGGUUCCACAUGUGUCUGCAUUCCUCGAGAAGACUGCAGGAAGUAUAAGGACGAUGUUUGUGCUUUGGACGUGACAAAAGGCAGUGCCGCAAUGAUGUCCAUCUGCUCCUUUCACGCCAACCGUUGCCAUGGAGACAAGUUGCAAUUCAUUAACGAUGGUCCAUGUAAAGGGAACGUGAACUGGGCCGUGUUCAGGGCCAGCCUUUCUCAGAAGAGCUCGGUGCAGGAGCCAUGUGGAUUAGACACCUGUUACGAGUGGGAGAUCUGCACAGGUUUGGAUAUCUGUCACUGCAAAAUUCCCAGGGACUGUUCAACGACCGAGGGAAAAGCCUACUGUGUGACUAUCCUGAAGCCUUUUAGGCAGCAGACCAUGAAUCUGUGCAAGUUGGCUACCAUGAAGUGCAGUGGGAUACAAUUGGAAAUUCAUCAUGAAGGUGAAUGUUAAAGUCUACUGUAAAUUUUGAUUUAUAUUCAAUAUUUACACACAGAAAAGCUUAAUCUGUGACAUUUAAAGUCUAUAUUUGUACCCAAACUUGGAUUUAUAACUGAUCAUCAACCAAAGAGCUUACAUUUUAUAUACAUUUCACUUUGGUUCACUAAAUAUUAAAUGUUUAUGUGCAACACUAUUGUGAAUAAAAUCAUUUUCAAGUGUAA